GCGAAUUCUCCAACAUGGUGGACACGUUGCACAUCACUCCUCGAAUGAUGAUUCACAAAAAGGGCUUCAAAGUCAACAACACCUACGGACUCACCCUGAGCAUCAGAAACAACGGAUUGUUCCAGCGGUUUCUAAAACUUUCCACUGAUAGUCCAGAAGAUACGUCUAUCAGCAUUCCGGAAAUGGAGCUGCAUCGUUACCUGGAAACCGACGAGGUGAUGGAAGUGAAGAUCUGGAUUAGAAGCAACACCAAGCGUGACAUUAACCGGCGUCGCCACAUUUUUAUCGAGGCUUUCCACCCAAACAUUAUCUUUCAAGUGCCCAUUAUCGUUUUGGACAAACUUAAGGAUCCAUCGGUCUGCGACUCUAUAACCUUCCCCAGCUGUGUGCCUGGAAACAAAACCCACUAUGAAAUGAUCGUGUACAAUCCCACCAGAGAUCGCAUUCGAGUGCGGUAUAGAAACACCAACCGUGGUCUGGAGAUCAGCACCAACAACAAGGAUGUUCUGCCGCCAGAGGACUACGUGAAACUGUUUCUGGUAAUCCAGCCAAAGAAGCUGCAAGUCUACAAGGGCUUCUUCAACAUCAAGUUCGGAGUGAUGCCCCCCAAGCCAGUGAUGUUCCAGUUUACCCCCAAAUCGAUAGGAGUACACCUGAGCCUAGGAAAGCUGGAAUUUGGACAGGCGAGGUUCUCGAGAGAGGAGAUGCGAACCAUCGUUGUAUGCAACGAAACUCUUCACGAGGUGUUCGUUAGCGGGGAUUUCUAUAAGGAUCCCAAAUUGGACACAGGUGCAGAGUCCUCGACUAGUGGCUAUGAUAAUGAUAGUGGCAUGCAAAACAAGAUCAUUGAAGAAGCAAUCAGCAUGCGCAGCAUCCUUCUCUUCGACUUCGAGGAUGACUCCGAUAUCUCACAGGUGCUCUAUCACCCAGGAGCGAACAAACACUUUGAUUUUAUCGUGCCAAACCGAAUCUCGGGCCUUGGAGUUGGGGAAAUCAAGCUCAUCUUCCGACCCCAUUACGAUCCAAACGAUCCCUUUCCAGACGACCUGGAGCCUCCAUACUUCCAGCGCACGCGGAUCAACUUUUGCGUAAGCGACGCGGAGGACUGCAUCGAAACCCACUUUGUUGUGGUGUCCGGCGAAAUCGGUGGCAUUGAGGUGGAGACUCAUCCGAAGGUGAUCGAUUUCCGGAAGGUGUAUCUCGGCGAAGAGCACUGCGCUCAAAUUAAGAUCCUCAACGUGGACGCUGUGCCCGCACGGGUGGUAUACAAGGACUGCCUGGAGCCGGAUCUGGCCGGAAUAAGGAUCACACCCACGGAGGGCUAUCUCCUGGAUCCGUGCACUCGUGGUGUCUUUCAUUUGUCGUUCUAUUCGCUUUUUCCCAAUCGAUUCUCGAUGACGUUGCGCUUCAAGGUGGAGAACGGAGCCCACUACAAGAUUACAUUGAAGGGCACUGGGCAGCAGGUACAGCUGCGCACCUUCCCGCAAUUGGUGGAGUUCGGCAGUAUCCCGGUGGCCGUGCCGCAGAAGCGAUACAUGCUUCUGAUGAAUCCUCUGGCGGUGCCCAUCACGCUACAGGUGAAGCCCACCGACGACGGAGAGGAGACGCCGCUGGUGCUAAACAUCCGCGACUCCACUGAGAUGCUGCCCAUCACGAUUCGCGAUCCCAUCCGUCACCUACAAAGAGUCCACGAGGACCUCCAACGACAAACGAAAGAGCCGCACGAGAAAAUCCAGCUUACGGAAGAUGUUCCCGAAUCUUUGUCCGUAAAGUCCUUCCAGACGAACGACUCCAUCUACAGCAUGGAGUUUGAAGAAGAUGUGAUGGAGCCCAUUCCCCAAAUGGCCGCCCAGCUGCUGACUCACUUGAAAAAGCAAAAGAUCUUCGACAAGUCGGAGACCGACCGCCGCGUCAUCCAGGAGGCACUGAUGGGCUUAAUGAACACCAAGUACUUUUCCGUGUUCACCAAGCACAAUAAUUACAUAUUCAUGGACUGGAACGCGAUUCCGAGUGACCCACGAGAGAUAUACUGCGACAACGAGAUCAUCUAUCUGCGACCUAACACAGGACGCAGCAUCACCAUCCUGCUGAUUCCGAACAAGGUCGGCUACCACCACCGCUCCCUCUCCGUGCGCAUCUGUCCCGCCCUUCCGCCGCAGGGCAAUGCCGAGUCCAGUGACGACCAUCCUGUGGUAAAGGCGCUAGUCAAGUCGGAGUUCCUUUGCUCCAAGCUCUGGUUCGAAUACAAUUGCAUCGCCCCCGACAUACAGUGGAACAACUUGGUGGACCUUUCGUCUCGGACCAUCUAUGCCGGAGAGGACUACGCUUUUGACAUGAACUUCUCCAAUCGUUCCACAGUCGGUGGAUUCAUCCACUUCGAUGUCAUUCCCACUGACAUGACCUUCCGCGACGGCACCUGGAAGUUCUACAUUGACGCCCAGGCAGAUGUCACGGCCAAAUGCGCGGUCACGUUUCGCUCACUGGGCACAGCCCGCCUCUCGGGCCUGAUCAAGAUCGUGGGGGCCUGUCGCCCGUACCCCUUCCAUCUCUUUGCCAACGUGCUGCCGACGGAGAUACGGAUCUCGCCGAUGUACGUCCACUGCCGGCUCAAUGUCUACGAGGAGAGUGAAGUGCACUUCUACAUCGAUAACUACACACCCACCCAUACCAAGCUAAGCAUGAAGCUGAAGGACACAUCGUUCCAAUACCUGACCCUAAGGGGUGGGGCGCUAGCACCCACUGGCCAGAGUAUGUACACCACGCUGAAGUCGCUAUUCACUGAUCCGGAUCUGUACCAAAACACACUGUACGUCGACCUGCAAUUCGACCACGUCAUGAUGCUGCCCAUAACCUUCUUGGUGGAGGGGGUUCCCCUGUACUUUGAGCCCAACAUCCGCGAGGGCUUCGACUUCGGCCAGCUGUACACUGACACUCUGCCGCAGUUCCAGGACGGUAUCUACAAUCAUCGUUUCCCGGUGCGGGUCAUCAACAAAGGCCGCCGUGCCUACCGCGUGGUGAUCAUCCGGCUGAGCAGCAUCGGUCCGGAGACCUCCCACUGCGCUUUGCACGCCCUCACGUCGCGCUUCGACAUGGACCCCAAGAAUCUGUACCUGCCUCCCAACUGCGAGGAAAGACUGGACCUCCUGGCCAGCUCAUAUGUCGAGGGACGGUGCAUCGGCGACUUCCUGCUGCAAGUCAUCGACCAAAAGUACCCGCAACGCAAGCACAUUAUCCGGGUCAGGGUCACUGCCAAGUUCGUCGACGCCCAGCUCACGUGGAGUCCCAAGCAGGUCAACUUCGAUUACAAGCACUGCGAGCCUCUGAGGGACCGAGCCUACGUUGAAACACCCGUCCUUAUUAAUCCGUGUUUUUUGCCCAUUGACCAGGUGAUUCUUCAGGUGACCGGCCCCUUCAAAAUCAAGGAGCUGUACGAGGAUAGCUUCGAGAAGGAGAUUAUGAUAAAGAUGAGUGGCAACGAGCGGAAGGAGAUAUUUGUCGCCCUUAAUCGAGGGGCAAUGAAGAAGCUCUUCUGCCGUCAAAUCGAGGGAAGAAUUAACGUGUUCGCGUUGGGGAAGCAGCUCCGACCCCUGUCCCUACGGGUAGCUAUCCUAGUGCCAGAUGUGGUCAUCCUGCAACCGGAAGUCGUACUUUUCGAUCGAGGAUCUCCGUACGACAGCAACGUACAUCUUGUGAAUCAAGGCUGCCUGCCAGCGGAGUUCAAAUGGAAGAGGCUGGAAUCCAGCGAGGUCUUCAUAGGAGACAAGGACGAUCCAGGUGGCAUUGUAGCCGAUCUCCUUUCCGAGAUUCUCCGCAUGCUGGAAUACGACUUUAGCUGCUCCGAAGAGUCGAAUAUGACUCAGAGGUAUCAGGAAUGCCGCUGCCAAUUUCGGCGUGAAGUGGAAAACAGCGAUAUGAUUCUGGAAAUUCUGGACGAGGUUAUCAACGACCUCGAGCUGAAAAAUCGUCCUCUUCUCUACCCCGCCGACGAAGGUGUGGAGGAGGACGCUGAUCAGAGCUCCUCGAGUAUGGUGCGUGAAACCAUCAACGAUAUUCUGGCUAGGUUGCACAUCGAGUCCAGUGACAAGUGGUCGGAGCCGUCAACCGAGUACUGCUUCGCCAAUCGCUACAUCUACUUCCACGAGAAGUCAGGAACGGUGGAGAUCCCGGACGCCCAGACAACUGAUCUGGCGUGCAAGCUCCACCUGCCGCACAUCCGGCGAAACUUUGAGAUGCGGGCCGUCUUUGAGCUGUCGGUGCUCGGGGGACGGAGUCAACGAUUUUCCGUCGUCCUGGUGAAUCUGGGGCAGAAGAUCAAGUUCUACAAGGACAGCACCUACAUGGGCAUUAAGCCCUGGUAUGAGACCUUCGAUGCGGUGGUCAAAGUCAUAAACAUUACGAAGUACCCGCUCCAGUUGGUCGUCGUAGAGGUGAAGCCUCAGCCGGCCAAGCUAGUUAGUUCCCGCAAAGUAGCAGGGGAAGCGCUCCCAGAGAAACGCCUCGUGGAGGGCUUUAGCAAGCUUAUAUCCAGCGACCUGAUUAACUUGGGCCCCCUCGAAACAGAUCAGAUCCGGGUGAAGGGCAUCCUCGGAUUCAGCGAAAGCUUCCGGCACUCGUACGGAACGGUGAUCAACAACAGCGAUUCCAAAUACUUCUGGCUAAAGGGGCAAGGCGUGAUGCCUAUUCUAGAAAUGACUUCGGUGCUCCCCGUCGUUCCAAUGGAACCCUGCGAUGUGGAGGAGGAGUAUAGGUUGUUGCAACGCAUCUACUACUACGAGAUCUUCCGCACCAUCACUGAGUUGGAUGAGGAGCCACAGCACAUCGGCGAAGAGGAGGGCCAGCAGGAAGAUCUCGGUCACUCUGUCUCCGAAGACUUUACUCUGCUCUCCUCCAGUGACGAGGACAUGCCCUCCGAGCGGCAGGCCCAGCACGACCUCCACCUCUUCCGUAUGGUUCGCACCUACGUGAUGGUGAACAACAACCAAGAGCUGCCCCACGCCACGGUUCUGCGGCAGCUGAUCCUUGCCGAGCGGUAUAUGCAACGCCUCCGCUUCAAGCCCGAGCUGUACAGCCUCCACCAGCAGGUGUACCACAGCUACCAGAAGUUGCACAAGGUUCAGGGCUAUAAGCCUCCUGCGAUGGUCAAGCACUUCACCGUGCAGCCCAUUCCCUGUGACCAGCAGAGCUACGUUCUGGAACUGGGUCCCCUCAUGUGGAACACGUUGCGGAAGUUCGAGAUCAAGCUUCACUUCUUUGGUCCCGGGAAACUUAUAGCCGCCGCUCGGACAGCCGUAAGGAUUCCCGGAUUGUACGUGGACUUUAACGUAGCCGAAGCACAGCACUUGGACAAGAAGUUUUCAUUUUGGGCGGAGCAGUGCAAGGCCCUGGAGUACUUCAAGGACAAGUACCGCAACAUGUUCGAGCGCCUGAUGGACGCAGAGGAUCCGAAGCUGAAGCAUUCGCACUCCUUUGACCUGGACAGCUUGGUGAAGCACCAACGGGACCUGACGCCGAAGGACCGACGCCUCAUCGAGGAGUACUACAACAGCCUGAAUCCAUCCGUGUAUCCGGACCACAAGCACCACUUCACCCUGGCCAAAGUUUACUCCGGCUGCCUUUCAAACUACUCGGGGGUGGAUGUGACCUUGGUGGGAUUCUUUAAGCCUGAGGAGCGCUUCUUCGCGAAGAACCAGUUGGUGGAGGACUACAUUUACAUCGAUCUUCACAUGGGUCCGACUCUGCCCAUCCUAAUGAGAGGCGUCCUCACGUCCUAGACAAAUUCUGUAUCUUAUAUG